AUGUGUAGCGGGCGGGAGCGUCCAGCGGUAGACUUUGUCAACGAUUCAGUGAAAGCACAGCAGAAAAUUACUAGUAUUCCGUUUGUCCGGAAAACGCACCGUCAACUGCCUGUACCCGCGGAGAUGCGGCUCUCCAUUGAGCCCGAUUAUCCGCAGCUAAUCACUGAGGAUUUGGUUUCGCCUGCCAAUGCAUUGCAUACGUGGGACGUGGAAAGGUUGGUGGCGUCGACAUUUAGUGCGCCUCCCAGCUCGUCAAUUCUGAUAGCCGCCGACCGUACUGAUAAAACUUCAUCGACAGCUGUAGCAAGCGGGUGCGCGUCUGCUCCGUACUUUGCCGCAGAAUCUCAGUACCAGACGGGGUGCACGGAAGGAAUUGGCUGCGGAUGA